CACCCGCCACACCCAACAGUCUUUCUGGCAGAUUUUUAUGUCAUCUUGUAUAGGGGUGUAGUUGUGAAAACGUCGGUGAAAAGCAGAGGGGAGAUCAGGACAGAGGGCAAGCAGAUGUCGAGUGUGAUGAUAUGGCAACUAAAUCACUGUGAUAUGACUUACCAUGAUGAAGCAACUUGCUCACCCCAUUCCAAAUGUUCUAGGGAUCUUCCCGUCGAGCCAGGAACGGGUGAAGAGCAGCAGCGGUUCCAGUCCCAGCCCCGCCAGUAUUGGCAGCACCACCCCCGGUGCUGGAGGGUCCAAGAAUCCGUUCUCGGUGCCGAACGGUUUCCCGCCCGCGACCGCCCACCACACCCGUUACCAUCCUCAUCCCCACGCCCACCCUUUCUACGCGCGCCACCACCCGUACGGCGUCGAGAAGGGUGAUCCGAAUAAUGGCGUCCAAGAUCUCAGCAGAAAGAAACCGGGCGUGAACAACCACGUGAAUCACUUCCAUCAUCAUCAGCAUCAUCAUCACCAUUACCCUCUGUUGAACCCAGGACAGGGACGUGGAGUGAAGGGGGGAGUUAGUGAUCUCAGGCCUUCUCAGUGGGAUCCCAGGCAAUAUGGUGAAUGGGCGAGGCUGAACCUCUCCAUCCCUAAGCAAAACGCCUUGGGAUUGGGAGCCUUCAACUUGACCACUCCUGCUCCCCAGCCCACACCACCCCCUCCUUCCGUUCCUCCUUCACCUUCCGGUCGACCCUGGAGUCCAAACCAUCGGGUGCAGCUGAAAGCAGGAAGUGGAGUGUCCCACAGUCCGAGUCAAAGUCAAGGAGUACCACGUCAUCCUCAACUGAUAUCAAGCCUCAACAGCGGUCGCAUGACCACGGCCUCCCUCAAGAACCAGGGUGGUGGUGGAGGACCUGGACCUGGACCUGGACCUGGACCUGGACCUGGACCUGGCCCUGGCCCUCCCCCUCCGAACCCGACACUCACUCAAUCACGAAGCACACCCACCCCCAAACACCAGCAUUCUCACCACACUCCUUCUCCCACCCACAAGGAUGAGAAGCGGGCGGAGAACGGACCCACCAAGCCUUCGUCUCCCUGGCCCCCGCAGAGCAGGAGCCAACCUGGUGUGUCAACCCCCACAUCUGUCAUGGUGACAAGUACAGCGACAGUAGCCUCCAUGACAUCCUUAUAUCCAGGAGGAGGAUUGGGGUUGCCUCCACCUCCCCUUUUUGCCCCACCACCUCCUCUUCCUCCUCUCACCACCACCACUGUCACAUCUUGUACAUCUGCAGGGUUGGGGCUUUCUACUACUACUCCCAAUCCCUUCCUUCCAGAAUCCCUCCUCUCCACUCCAUCAUCUGCUGCUCCAGGGACAGACUUCCUUCGUCGAGAUCUAGACUCCCGCCUCCUGGCCUCAACAGCAAUUCAUGCCACUACUCCCACUAUCACCACUGCCUACUUGGCCACAGCAGGUCCUUCCAUGACUACAGCCACCACCAAUGCCAGUGUUGGUGCCAUGAGCAUCACAACACCUGCUCUUCAUCUCCGUACUGAGAUGCAUCACCACCAGCAUCAGCACACCCACCUCCAUCAACAUAACUCUCUCCUCCCGCCUCUUCUCCCACCUGGGCUCGCCCCCUCUGCACCCACCCCAUCACCUUCCCUCUUCCCCCCACCACUUUUCAAGGAUGUGCCGAAGCUUGGUGGGCUGGACAGUCCAUUUUACCGGCAUCCAGGAGGACCCCCAAUGCCUGGUUAUCCAGGCUUAUCUCCAUUGUUGCCACCAAAUGCACUUGGUGUGAAUCCAGUUGUCUCUUCUGCUCCACCUCUACGCUCUCAUACUCCUUAUUCAUCACACCUCCCUGUCCCACCUAAGAAGACAGGUCGGUGGAACUCAAUGCAUGUCCGUAUUGCAUGGGAGAUCUAUCACCAUCAGCAGAAGCAGAAGUCCCUUCACAAUAACAGUAACAACAGUAGCAAUGGCAUCAAUGGAGAUCCCCAAUCUAAUCAUCCCAAGCUCUCCUCUGCCCUCACAGCCCCCCUGAGCACCACAACAGCCUCGUCAGCGUCUGCUGCCUCAACAGGGCGCCCUCCACUCCAUGCACCUCCACCGCCACCUCCACCACCAAUGUCCUUGGCUUCCAAUCACCUCUUCCCUCCCACUAUGCCUCCUCACCUUUUGGGUGCUCCCUCUGCACCCAGGCCUCCAUAUGGACCUCCAUUAGAUCCAUUAUUCACUGGUGCACCUCCUCUUGGUGGGAUGAGUCGAUAUUUGCCGUACGGAACAGGGCUCUCCCCUUUAACCAGUGCCCUUCUUCUUGGAAGAGAUUACCCAAGUAUCCCUCACUUGCCGCACCCAUCGCAUGAUCCGUGGGGAAGGCUCCACGGUAUGGGUGCGAACCCUUUCGCUUGGCCACCGAAGCCUGAUCUCUCCCGAGAACGUGAUCGAGAGGAGAGGGAACGUCGAGAACGCGACCGGACGCGGACCAACUCGUCGGAUGUGAAGCGGGAACGUGAAGUGUCUCGAUCGCCGAUCCGGCGUGCAGAAAGCCGUGCCAGUAAUCACAGUGGUGGGACCGUCACCCCAUCCCUUUCGAAUCACAAACCAAAGAUCGAAGGUGGAAGUGAUUCUCGAUCGAGUAGUGUGGUGGAAGUUAAGACGGAGGAAAGUGCGAGUGUGAAUUCGCAUAACGGCCCGGUGGAACAACGGAGCAAAACGUCACCGGUGGUGACUUCGGCUCGGACCUUCCGCCCGUCCUCUAGUCCAAAAGUGGGUCUUCCCUGGGUGACACCCGAAUCGUCGUCGGCUGCCAUGGAACGCGAGCGAGAGCUCAUGAGACUCAGCAAUCCCUUGGGAUCCAUGAUCCUGCAAGAGCAGCAGCGUUCCAUGAGGACUCCGACCAGCCUAGAAGCGUUCGAGCGGCAGCUACAACUGGAACGGGAGCGGUUGCUAGCCCUAGAAAGGAGUAAACUUUUCCCUGCCGGUCUCCCGCAUUCGGCUGCUCUUUUUCCUCCACCGCCGCCACACGCCGCAUUGGAUGGGAAGGGGCUGCCAGGAGCGGCGAACCCGUUCUUCAUGUUUCCCCCGCCACCGCCUUCACUGCUCAGCCAGACGCCCAAGGAGCAUCCAGCUAUGGAUCUUCACAAACAUGGGCUGUGACAGCCAGUGACAUCCCUGUUCAGUGCCAGUCGUGAUGACACUCGUCCAUUGUGAUCAUGCUUCCCUUUUUUCUCUCUCUCUGGUGUUAUGAGGAAAAAGUGUUUUUCGAAAGAGUGAUAUACUCAAAGUACAAGCCUUGAUAUCCCCUUUUUUGGGCAGCUUUGAAGUCUCGAUUUUUGGCAAAGAUCGAAUAUUCUGCUGUCUGUGCAAUCUCCUGUGUGUGGUUUCACCCAUCUCCCCAAGCCCAGUUCCGAUUUUCACAUCAUUGAUGUUCGAUUUUUUCAUCUAAAUAUUUUUGUUGGGUAUUUUUUAUACCCAGGUAGAGGAUGGUGAUUUUUUUUCCAGUCUUGCCUAUGAUGGAACUCUUUUCUCACUCUGAUGGAAGCUCUUUCCUUCACAUUCGUGAUAGCUCCCCU